CAACAUCAAAGAUAAGCAGAAAACAUGAAGGGCACUCAGAUGCGCCGCAGGAAGGUGCCUUCGAAUUGCCUGCCCAAGAAGUUGCGGCAUCGUUUUUUUGCCCUGCGUCAUGGGGAGUCCAAGGCUAAUGUGGCGAAGAUCAUUAUCUCUGACCCCAAGGUUGGAACUAAAGCUUAUGGCCUGACGCCUGCAGGCUGUGUUGGUGCGACGCACGCUGGGAAGAUGUUCCAGAAAACUGCUGCAAAACGCGUGGUGAUGGUGACCAGCGAUUUCUCUCGGGCCAGGGAAACCGCCCAGCUGUUUGCCAAAGCGCUGCGAAAGGCAGGUCAUGUUUGUCCUGUGCGCAUUGCCACGGAGCUGCGGGAGAGGCGUUUUGGCCAACUUGAAGCUGGACCGGACUCUCGUUAUCCAGAGGUGUGGGUGAAGGAUAAGGUGGAUUGCGGUGCUCGACCCUUUGGAGUGGAAGCAGCAGAGGCUGUGCAGAAACGAACCUCGAAGUUAGUGGCACAGCACGAGCUCUAGGAACUGCGAUUGCAAUCCCUGGAACCUGCACUUGAGGGGAGGCACUAGCACUUGGAAACCAACAAAUGCUAGAAAAGUGGACUUGAACGGGACAGGAAACGCUAGUAGUCCAAAAUAGUGAUUCGAAAUUCAGUAUGCAACACUUUCACUCUUUCGGACAACAAAAGCCUUCAUACGACAUUGCUCAACAGUAGAACCACGUGGAACCAUUUGCCACUAUGCUCUUG